AUGCGUACGCCUAGCAACCCUGUCUACGCGGCCGGGAGCAGCUGCUCUCCUCCAUUGUCUAUUAUGGAACUGUCAACCGCCAGGACUGGAAGGGAAGUGGAUGUUUUCGCGAAAGACGGGCACCCCGACCCAGGCGGAAAGCUGCGCGUGCGCAUUGGGUCGUGGUGUCCGAUUGCUAUGGCCGGAAGCCGCCUAUUGGAAUCCCAGGACUUGGACCUGAGUUCCGCCCGGUAUAUGGGAUUCAGCCUGAAAUCAGCCUGCGAUUUCCACGCUCUUACCUCUCCCGUCGCUCGAGAAAACAAUGUCUUUCUCCAGUUUUCGAUCGAUGGAGGCAUCACUUGGACUCUUUUCAAGGAGUUUCCAUACGACGAAUUGAGGGGAGAAAGACGAUACUAUUUCGGUCUGGAUCAGGAAGACUGGAUGAGGACCAAUGCCAGCCGAUUUCGAUUCUGGCAACCCCGGAACUCUGGAUUGGGGCACGGAAGCUGGGCGUUGGAUUCCGUCAUUAUCGGGGGUUCUGCCGUCCUUCCUGAUCUCUUCUUCGACGAUUUCCAGCAUCCUCAACUGAGUCGCAAAUCCUGGCUUCAUCUGUCCGGAUCACAUUUCUCUUCUCGUUCAAAUAGCUCGACGGACGCAUUCCUUUCCUUCGGUAAUGCGAAUGAAUCCGGCCUUGAAUCAGCCGAGACCAGAGACCUUCACAUUUUCCCUGGAUACCUCUUGCAAUUCGAGAUCUACUUGGAGAGCGGCGGUGGGAAGGUGUGGGUGGAGUAUUCCCCUGACUGGGGGAAUCGAUGGGAGCUGGUGGUCGGGCCGGAGACAGCCGUUCAAUCCAGGAUGGAUCGCCAUUCCAUCUACCAUCCUCAUCCAUGGAUGGUCUGGCGACUCAUCACCAUCCCCCUCGACCCUGUUCUUCCAUCCAGGCAGGCCCGUUUCCGCUGGAGACAGGCAGGAAGAGGAUGGAAGGAAGAAGGAAAGAGGUGGGGAUUAGACAACGUCUACAUUGGACCGGGUUGCCCUGGAAACCAGUGUGGUGGCCGAGGUCUCUGUUUCCAAGGCAACAGUUGCCUCUGCUCUGAAGAUUUUCGAGCUGGCAACUUUUGUGCCUCUUCCAUCCCGCGACCCUCCACCUUUCGAGAGUCCUUUCAGAAUGGGCUGAAGCGGGAGAAAUUCUCAGAGUGGCCCAGGGGUUCAUCGGAAGGUUGUGAGGGAGUCUUCCAGGGUCUAGGAUUUUGCUUCCCAGAAUCAAAUGAUCAUAUGAUUCUGUCCACGAUCCCCUUGGAUCUCACUAAAGCAACGAUGGUAUCAUUGGUACUUCCAGACGAGGCACGAACUCUGGGUGUCUCGUUUCGAUUCCUUCAGCCUGGUGAACAUGAAUGGUCUGCUGGAGAUUGGGCCUUGGACCAUGUACACAUUGGGGGACACCUUGUACCUCCAAACUCCUUUCAUACCCAGGACCUGCAACCUGAGGUCCAAAGUGAUGGCCGAAUCAUCUACCCUGAGGACAAUCCUGAUUACACCAAUGAAUUCCUGUCUAUGGUUGAUGUGAAAGCUGUAAAUGGAUAUUGCAAUGAGUCAGGUGUGACACUUGUGGGGCAUGAGGGCUUGAGAGCUGUGCUGGAGACCUCAGCUGUGGAUGUGAAGCCUGGGUGGAUGCUCCAAUUUCGAUUUGCUAUUGGGUGUGGGUGGGGUCAACAAUGGGCAGGGCAUCAUGCCCUCAGGCUAGAAUAUUCUUUGGAUCACGGUUUCACCUGGAACCUGAUACAGAGGCAUUGUCCUACAGGAGGCUUAUCCUGUAAAAGUCCAAGAACACCCACAGUCUACUAUGGUCCAUUCCAAUGGACACUUGUGACCAUUAUCCUUGAUGAGCAGCAAGCCAGUGGAUCAACCCAGUUUCGUUGGAUGCAUCCUGGAGCCCCUAGUAGCUGGGGGGUAAAGGACAUUUAUAUUGGUCCUCCAUGUCCAUUGGGGUGCUCAAACCGAGGACUUUGUUCAGUUUCAUCUCAACGCUGCACAUGUUCCACUGAAUUCUAUGGUCAUGGAUGCCAGUUCUCAGAUCGCCUCCCUACUUACCUGAAGGAGGACUUCUCAAUUGGUGAGAGAAAUCAGUCCUUAUGGGAGCAUUGGCAGGGGAGUUGGCCAGGUCGCCCAUGCCAUUCCUUGGGGACCUCUCCUGCUCUUUUGGCCUUGGGUUCCAAGGAUAGAUCUGUUCUCACUCAACCUCUGGACCUCAGGGAUGGAGACUUCAUCAGAUUUAUCAUGGGUUUUGGGGGCUCUUUCUCUGAUGAAAGGAAACCAUGCUUUGUGUCUGAAGAAAAAGACUCUCAAAGUGUUUAUCUCCGAUAUUCAUCUAAUGGGGGUGUUACAUGGGACAUAUUGAGGGAAAUCAAUCCACUUGAGUUUCUAAAUGGGCCCAAGGAGCUCUACUUCCCAUUACCAGAACAAGCCAAAGCCCUUGGAGUUCAGUUCCAAUGGUGGCAGCCCUUGAUUGAUGACCAUGGCCAAUCACAAGGAUUUGCUCUCGAUGAUGUCUUCAUCGGGGGAAGAAGUGUGAAUCUCCCUCAUCUCUACUUGGACUUCAACAAUGGCAUACCCAAGGAUCAUAUCAGAUUCCACCCUCAUGGAAAACUACAAAAUGAAUUCUGUUCAAGGAAGGAUCCUGUUUUGGCAUGGGAUGCUACAUUGGCUGAAGCCAGAAAGGAAUUGACUACAAGCAAAGUCAUUGUCUGUGCCGACUACAUUGUGCAGUUUAAGAUAUCAGUAGGAUGUACCCAGGGUUGUAGCUUAGGGCAUGAAGUGGCAUUGGAGUAUCGGAAAGACCCGAUGGGGGCUUGGAGGCCACUACUUUCACCCUGUCUCCCAGCAACUGUAAAAGGCCCAGACCAGCACUGCUUUCCCAGUCAGUUCCACUCAGGCACCCACUAUUUCCAGAGCUCUCAUGCUUCAUGGACCCGCAUCACACUUCCUCUUCCAGAUGAGACCUUUUCUGGAGAGACUGAGUUCCGCUUUGUCCAGAAGACACCACCCAAUGCCCAACCUCUGAUCUGGGCCCUGGAUGACCUUUAUAUAGGAGAGACCUGUCCUCACCUAUGCCAUGGAAGAGGAGAUUGCAGGUUUGGGUCCUGCAUCUGUGAUCCCCCAUACAAAGAAGACCAUUGCAAGCCAGACCAUCACAUUCCAGACUCAUUCUCUGAGACCUUUGAAAGCAAUUUGAACCCACACCUUUGGUCAGUGGUUAGGGGUGGAAGACUCGGAAAAGAAUGUGGUGACUCCACCUCGCUUUUCCGUGGGAAUCAACUUUACUUCUCUGGCUGUGGGACUCGAGAAGCCAUUACCACAGACCUCAAUACAACACACACUAUCAAGUUGAGUUUUGUGCUGAGAAUUGGGAGUCCUGGGCACAGGCCCACAUGUUCCAUUGACCUCAGGGACCCAGAGGAGUCCAUAAACAAGGGGGUGGUGCUUCAGGUUUCCCAGGACAAUGGAAUUCACUGGAUAACCCUUGCCUACCAUCACCCAUCUCUCUUCCUCCAAGCAAAGAAGGUGAUGUAUUCUUUGCCAGAAGAGGCAUUGGGCCCUUGGGUGAAGUUUCGCUGGUGGCAGGCUUUCAAUUCUGGACCUGACCGGGAUCAAUGGGCCAUUGACAACAUAAAGCUCAUCUCAGCCAGUCAGCAGUAUGAGCAUAUGAUCAAAGUCUCCAGUGAUCAUGGCCAGGAACUCUGAGGGCAUGUUCAAGUCCUAAUAUGAAUCAUUCUUCUAGUCAUAUUGUCAUCAUUGUUUCUUGUC